CGCAAGUCGUUCGAGUGCAGCAAUAACGGUACUGUAGUACAGAGGUUUUGUGUACGUUACAGAUCUCGUAUCAGUUUCUAAAAGAGAGAUAUUGCGUAUUUGUCGAGAGAGGAGAGAAGAGAGCUGCUGGACAGAGACUAUAAAAAGCCGUCUAGAUGGCUCUUCACCAAGAACCGGGGCUAAUGAGGGAAGAGGCUACCAACGUGUUGGAAAAUUUGGAUGCGAAUGUUGUGGACGGAACCAGCCUGCCGUCUGGAGAUAUACAAGCACUAAUCGGCAGUAUGAUCAGAUCUGGAGGUGAUAUCAAUCUCAGUCAACUCGAUGUGGAUCAGAGGAUGCCAUUUGGGUUGUUGGAUGGUGAAAUGGGCGUGGCGGAAGCGCCACAUGGAGGACUGGGGUUGCCUAACGUUCCUAACCUUGGUACGCGUAUUGGUGAUGAGCUGGCAACAAUAGACAUGAGAGAUAUUGCUCCAUCAGAAGAGUCAAUGACAGAAUUGGAGGAAGUGUUGUAUGGUCAAGGUCAACAAAUUGAAGUAGAUAGAAAAUAUAGACAUCAUGCUAGUGUUGCAGACCCUCGCAUGAUGGUAGAGGAAAGGCUUCCGGCAAGAGACAUUCUUCAACAUGAUCUGGAGUUGCAGCGGAGGACACAAGAACAAGAACAGAUAGAUGUGGAAAAAUUACACCAAUUACAGUACCAACGCCAGCAAUUUCUUCAACAUCCGCAGCACUCUAUUCAGCUGCUGCAACAACAACCAAUGGCACCAAUCAUAGUCCCUGGAUCAUUGGGUGAACCUCAAUUAGUAAUAAUCAAUCAGCCAUAUCCAUGUCAGAAGAAACGGUACAAAACUGAUGGGUUAAAGAGAGGUAUCAUAAAGGCAGCAAAUAACAUUGAAUUUCCAACUGUGCAGAUUGAAGGCUACAGUGGUGUAGCUGAUAUUGUAGCCUAUGCUGCUACUUCUACUGCAGACCCUCAUCCAUUCUAUGAGAUGGAGGUGUCUCCAGACAGUUACAAUACGAUUCACACAACUCUAAGUGAUGGAACUGCAUGUGUACAAAUUGCAACAGGACCAACACAUAACAUGAGGGCAAUUUUCUCAGGUAUUAGUACAAAACGAAUAAAAAUGAAGGACGUCAAGCAACGGCCUCAUUAUGAUCACUGGCUUCCAGAGAGUGAAAUAGUACAUCUUGGAUUUAUAGCUUUCAUUCCUAAUGGCAUGCAGCCACAACAUGUUCUCAGUUGUCUUUCUCAGUCGAUAGAUGUCUAUGAUUCUCUGCCUGAGCUGCCUGUUCUCCGUAAAGCUAUUGGAACACAAGGUCCAUGUACAGGAGGAUAUGAUAUGUGUCUUGUUGGGCUACACUUUGCAGGAGCAAGAGUGCGUUUUUUUCAGCACAGCAACACUGGUGUGGUACUAUGGGAGAGGUUAGCAGAAUUUGACCCUCAAGACUGCACAGAGACACAUCUUGUGGUGAAAGUUCCUCCAUACCCUACCACAGCUAGUACAACAAUCCCUGUAAAAGUUCACAUAGAAGUACUGACAGGUCCUGCAAAAAUGCCCAGACGAAGCGCAGCAGCUGCAUUUAUAUAUACAGACAGCUGAUGAACACCUCAGUAGAUUCAGUGUCUAAUCUGACAAGAAUUAAUGUACAGUUGCAGUUGCAGUGCUACUUUUAUUACUUCUCAUUUUUUGCAGUUUGUAGUUUCAAACAAACUGCAGUUUCAAACGCAUUUUUUUGUAUAAA